AACGUUAUGAUGCCACAAGCAUAAUCAAAGAUGACAUGUUGUAUGUUCUUGGAGGACAGGAUCAGAAUGAUAAACCCAUAUCCGAAAUAUUAUCUCUCAAUAUUACCACUUCACUAAACGUAGAUUCACCACCAUGGUCACGGUCAUUGAAAGCUCCACCAUUGGCAUUUGAAUAUAGCGGAGCAUUCCAUGGCGGUGUUAAUAAUGAUUCGAUAUAUGUUAUUUGUGGUCAGAUGAAUGACCCGGCUAGUGGUGCUAAUAUAAAUAACGAACAAACGCUAUUGGAAUACGAUACUCAAAAAGAUGUGUGGACAAGAACGGCAAUGGCAAGCGCUCCUCAAUUGAAUGGGAGAGUUAAAUUUGCUCUUUUAAGUGAUAAUAAGGGAAUGGUUUAUCUUCAUGGUGGUUAUAAUUAUUAUAAUUACACUUACCUUGGUGAUACGUAUUCAUUUGUUAUAUCUUCAAUCACCUGGACUCCGUUACCGUCACCUCAAACUCCAAUAAUUGCAGCUGACUUUGCUUCGGUAUUGUUAAAUGAUGGACAAUUGGUUAUCAUUGGAGGAUAUGGGCAGCCCGAAAAUGGUACACCCGUUCAUAGACCUAUUAGUCAG